UAAAUACACCUGUGCUCAUGCAUAUAUAAUCAGGUUAAAAAAUGUUCAUUUCACUACACAAGACACGUAUUUUUAUCAGUGAAUCGUAUAGGAAAAUAUUUGACUUGUCAGAUAUUUUUCAGCUUUACGUAUUUCGAAUUCCAUUGUGUAAGAUCCUUGAACGAUCAUUUUUUAACUUCUGAUUGUUGUUGCACGUGUACACGAAGACGUCACGUGAACACGCAAUUCGUUCCGCGAGAAUAUGUUGCGUCGCAGGGUCAAUUAAACUAACCAACGACAGUAGGUUCAAGAUCAACCAUCACAGCACGCGGUACCAUCUUUCCGGAACUGGUUUCGUUGAAAAAGCAUAAGUGCCUGUAGUGCGUGUAAACGAAUCAAUCAUGGAUGCUAGCAAGAAGUAUGAUAAUCCUAAUCCUCAGUUGUCAGCAAACAUUUUUAGUAAAUUAAUAUUUUGGUGGUUGAAACCUUUGUUCUGGUAUGGAAAGGACCAUGAUCUUGAACUUAAAGAUAUAUAUAAUGUAAUGCCAAGCGAUGUUAGUCAACAUCUUGGAGAUAAACUUGAAAGGAAUUGGCUAAAAGAGAUUAAAGUGGCUGAGAAAGCUCAUAGAAAGCCUAGAUUUUUCACUGCGUUACGAAAAACAUUUACAUGGUCCUUUGCUUAUUACGGAGGAUGGCAGUGUUUUUUAUCGGUCGUUAUAAGAGUUUUACAACCAUAUGUGCUGGGUCUGUUAAUUUGGCACUUUGAUCCUAGAGCUGUAUCUACUGCCAGUGAAGCAUAUAUUUAUGCUACUGCUGUUGUACUUAUGACUUUUUGCGGGGCUUUUAUUAUUCAUCAUUCAAAUUUAGGUUUAAUGGAAGUUGGAAUGAGAGUUAGGAUAGCUUGUUCUUCCUUAAUGUAUAGAAAGAUUUUACGUCUAUCAAAAUCUUCUACCAACAUUACUACUCCAGGGCAGAUUAUAAAUUUGCUAUCAAAUGAUGUUGGGAGAUUUGAACAGUUGUUUAUAACAUUACAUUUCAUUUGGAUAUUACCAAUUCAAGGAGCUCUAAUUGCGUUUAUGAUUUGGAAAAAUGUUGGAAUUGCUGCUUUAGCCGGUGUUGUUCUUAUAAGCAUCCAAACUAUACCACUUCAGGGGUAUAUGGGGAAAUGGAUAUCAAAAUUGCGAUUGAAAAUUGCGAUAAGAACAGACGAAAGAGUACGUUUAAUGUCAGAAAUUAUUAGUGGAAUUCAAGUUAUUAAAAUGUAUACUUGGGAACUGCCGUUUGAAAAGCUUGUUAGUCUUGUUAGAAGUCGAGAGGUAGACAUCCUUACACUUACGUCGUACUUACGAGGUUUUACUUUAGCCACUUUUGUGUUCACUGAACGAUCAACAUUAUAUUUUACAAUUCUGACAUAUGUACUUCUCGGAAACGUUAUAUCCGCUGAUAAAGUAUUUUCAAUGGCGCAGUACUUUAAUAUUCUGCAACUUACUAUGGCAAUUUUAUAUCCCAUGGCUGUAUCAGCUGCUGCAGAAGCCUCUGUAUCCAUUAAAAGGCUCGAGGAGUUCCUUACAUUGAAAGAGAAUAACACUAUGAUUAAUCCUCCACAAACUGGAGAUGGCAGUAUUAUAAUGAAAAAUAUUACUGCAUCUUGGUCCGACAACGCGAUUGUAAAUACGUUACAUGACAUUAAUGUUAAAAUAGAACCCGGAAAACUGUAUGCCGUUGUUGGUCUAGUUGGUGCAGGAAAGAGUUCCUUCCUUCAAUUAAUUUUAAGAGAGUUACAACAAACUUAUGGAGAAAUAUGUGUAAAUGGUAGUGUGUCUUAUGCUAGUCAAGAAGCGUGGCUAUUUUCAGGCACGGUACGAAAUAAUAUUCUUUUCGGGCUACCUUAUGAUAAAGAAAAGUAUAACGAGGUUGUUAAAGUGUGUGCUCUCUCAAAAGAUUUUCAACAAUUUAACUAUGGUGAUAAAACGUUUGUUGGAGAUAGAGGCGCAGCCCUUAGCGGUGGACAACGCGCUAGAAUAAAUUUAGCUAGGGCUGUGUACAGAAGUACAGAUAUUUAUUUACUAGAUGAUCCGUUAUCCGCGGUCGACACUCACGUGGGAAAACAAUUAUUUAACGAGUGCAUCAAAAGUUACCUCCGAGAUAAGACAAGAAUUCUAGUAACUCAUCAAAUACAACAUUUAAGAAAUUGUGAUUAUAUUAUUCUGUUAAAUAAUGGCAAAAUCGAGUUUCAAGGGACAUUUACAGAGCUUCAAGCGAAACGUAUAGAUUUUCUAAAAACACUAUCAUUAGAAGAAAGUAAAGGAGAUGCCGAAGUCGUAGAAGUUGGAACAAAUAAUACGCUUGAUGUAGCCAUCGCGUCUGGUAACGAUAAAGACGAUGACGAAGCUGAACCAGAGGAAACAGAGGAAUUAAUGGCUAAAGGAGAUCUUUCUAAAUCACUUUACUGGAAAUACUUCAGAGCUGGAGGUUCUGUGAUGAUGAUUUUGUGCUUUCUGAUUACUUUAAUCCUAGGACAAAUAGGAAGCAGUGGUAGCGACUACUGGGUUGCUUAUUGGACAAGACAAGAGGAAAUGCGUAUAAAAAAUGAUCACGAUAAUCAUACAUUAGAAAUACUUAAAAGUAAUUUUACAAAUCCACUUGCUUUUACUGAAAAUAUGAAUGAAACAAUGAACGACACGUUCCCAUUUGAUUUAAAUGUUUCUACCGUAGAACCAGAAUUAUCGACGUCCUUAGAAAACAGAAGUGCUAAUAAUAGUGUGUGGACUAUGAAUGCAAUUUCCACAGAUACGUACUAUCUUGAUUACGAAACAGCUUUAUGGAUUUACGGUGCCUUUAUCUUUGCAAGCAUAUUGUUUACUUCCAUAAGAAACCUCGUAUUUUAUAAGCUGUGCAUGAACGCCAGCAAAAAUCUUCAUAAUCUCAUGUUUUCUUGUUUGCUUAAAGCCCCGAUGUUAUUUUUCGACACACACCCAUCUGGUCGUAUCUUAAAUCGUUUUUCCAAGGAUGUUGGAGCUGUCGAUGAAGUAUUACCGAGAACAAUGAUAGAAUCUGUCCAAAUAUUUGCAGUGAUGGUUGGAAUUUUAGCUCAAGUUUUGAUUAUCAACUGGUGGACACUAUUUCCAAUGAUUGUCAUGGGUUUCUUAUAUUGGCAAAUAAGAAAUAUUUACCUUAAAACUGCGCAAACUAUGAAACGUUACGAAGGAACCACAAAAAGCCCUGUAUUCUCACAUGUCAGUUCCUCCUUAUUGGGGUUGACAACAAUUCGCUCAGCUUGCGCGCAAGACAUGGUUCGUAAAGAAUUUGACGUUCAUCAAGAUCUUCAUACUAGCGCUUACUAUUUGACUCUAGUAACAGGCGUUGCUUUUGGAUUUGCAUUAGAUAUCGUCUCCAUUUGUUUCAUUACUUUUAUUACGUAUAGCUUCAUCAUAUUUGACACGGGAGAUACAUACGCGGGAAAUGUAGGUUUAGCUUUAUCACAAGUAUUAAUUCUGUGUGGAAUGCUUCAACACGGAAUGCGUCAAACGGCUGAAACAAUUGCACAAAUGACAAGUGUAGAACGAAUCUUACAAUUUACGCAACUCGAAAAAGAGGGACCAUUCGAAAGCGAACCAAACAAGAAACCGUCCACGCAAUGGCCUUCCGAUGGUGGAAUCACUUUUGAUCACGUUUAUUUGCGUUACGCAGACUCGAUGCCUCCGGUUCUUAAAGACUUAUGUUUUGUCAUAAGACCGGGUGAAAAGGUAGGAAUAGUCGGUCGUACUGGUGCCGGUAAAACCUCUCUAAUAUCAGCCUUGUUUCGCUUAACGAAACUUGAGGGUGCUAUUUACAUAGAUAAUAUAGAUACAAAAGAAGUAGGUCUCCAUGACUUAAGAAAGAAAAUCUCUAUCAUUCCGCAAGAACCUAUUUUAUUUUCGGCGACACUUCGAGAUAAUCUCGAUCCAUUUCAUAAUUUCGAUGAUGCUACUCUUUGGGCUGCGCUCGAGGAUGUAGAACUAAAAGCAUCGGUAUCCUCACUAGAUUAUUACGUGGAGCAAGGAGGAGCCAACUUUAGCGUAGGGCAAAGACAAUUGAUUUGUCUAGCACGUGCAAUUCUUAGAAAUAAUAAAAUUCUGCUUCUUGAUGAAGCAACAGCUAACGUGGAUCCUACCACGGAUGCUUUAAUACAAAAAACUAUUCGGCAAAAGUUCAAAAAUUGCACGGUACUAACCAUUGCACAUAGAUUGAACACGAUAAUGGAUAGCGAUGAAGUGUUAGUCAUGGAUCACGGUCAAGCAGUCGAGUUUGAUCACCCAUAUAUUUUACUUAAAAAUGAAUCAAGUUACUUUAGCAGCAUGGUCAAAGAAACUGGAAAAACAAUGGCCGAACAACUUAGAAAUAUUGCAAAAGAGGCUUAUAAUAACGUUUCCAACAAUACGGAAUCACAAUUAUCGCCACAAACUGGCAAUGGCAAAGCCAUUUCCAAAGAUGAUUAAAGCAUGAAUAUGCUUCUAAAGAUUUAUAUGAAUAUUAGUAAAUCAUGCAACGUCCGUACUUUUUUAUGUACUUAUUUAAUUAUUUUUAAGAACAGUACGUACUUAUUUUAUAAUUGCAAACUUUAAAAUAAUCUAUAGAAUGGAUUUAAAAUUAUUGUAAAGUCAAAUAUUUAAUUUUGAUACAUUUUUGGAAUACUUUAAUGUACUAGCUUAGAUCUCGUAUAACUUUGACACUUAACAAUAUUGUUCCUAUUAAAUAUAUUCGGAUUUACUAUUUAACACGACAUAGCGACAGUACGUGAAUAGUAUGAAAUAUGUUUUUAUGCCAACAGUGGUCCAUUUGCGAGAAAUUAAGCGCUAAAGAUUAUUGUACCUUAUAUACUAAUAUUUUGAUAUUCUUUGAACACAGAGUAUUACAAAACAUAUUUUAUAUAUUCUGCUUUAAUGUUCCAACACGCAUGAUUUUAUAAGCAAUAUUGUACAAUGUCAAGAAAGAUUAUUAUAUUAAAUAUUGUAUAAAUAUA